GACCUUUGACGACAUUGCCUUAUAUUUCUCCUGGGAAGAAUGGGAGCUCCUUGAUGAGGCUCAGAAACGCCUGUACCAUGAUGUAAUGCUGGAGAACUUGGCACUGACAUCCUCUCUGGGUGAGACUCACAUCCACCCUGGUGCCCUGAGUUCUUGGAGUGGAGCAGAAGGUGAUGAUGCACCUUCUGAACAGGGCAUUUUUUUAGAAGGAGCAUCACAGAUCAGAACUCUUAAGGCAGGUUUGCCUCCUCAGAAGGCCCAGCCCUUUGAGAUGUGUGGCCCAAUCUUGACAGACAUGUUGCACUUGGUUGAGCAUCAGGGAACACAUCAUGGGCAGAAAACAUACACAUGUGAGAAACUGUUCUUGACGGCUAACCUUCAGCAGCACCCAGAGCAGCACAUUAGAGAGAUUCCCUUCAGAAGUUCUGUGGACAGAGCCUCACUUACAGAGAGCUGCACAGUCCUUGCAUCAGGGAAGCCCUUUACCUGUGGGGAGAUUGGGAAGGAUUUUUUAGCUAGCCUGCGAUUUCUCCAUCAACAGGUCACUCACACUGGAGAGAAGCUAAACAAUAGGAAUGAGUGUGAGGCCAUUUUUUACAGUGGAAAAAGUCUUCACAACUGGAGAGAAUGCAAGAAAGCCUUUAACUGCACAGACACACUUGCUGAGGGCCAGAGAGUCCUCACUCGAGAAGGGCUUUAUGCGUGUAGCAAAUGUGGAAAAGCCUGUACCCGAAGAUGUAACCUCAUUCAGCACCAGAAGGUUCACACCGGAGAAAGGCCUUUUGAAUGCAGUGAAUGUGGAAAAUUCUUUACCUAUUACUCCAGCUUCAUUAUACAUCAGAGAGUUCACACUGGAGAAAGGCCUUAUGAGUGCAAUGAAUGUGGUAAAUCCUUUAGUCAAAGCUACAGCCUCAAUAGCCAUAGGAAAGUUCACACUGGAGAAAAGCCCUAUGAGUGCAGGGAAUGUGGAAAAUCUUUUAGCCAAAGGUCCAAUCUCAUUCAACAUCAGAGAAUUCACACUGGAGAAAGGCCUUAUCAGUGUGGUGAAUGUGGGAAAUCCUUUAGCCAAAACUUCAGCCUUAUUAAUCACCGGAGAGUUCACACCGGAGAAAGACCUCAUCAGUGUGGUGAAUGUGGGAAAUUCUUUAGCCGAAGCUCUAGCCUCAUUCACCACAAGAGACUACACACUGGAGAAAGGCCUUAUGAGUGCAGUAAAUGCGGGAAAUCCUUCAAGCAAAGCUCUAGCUUCAGUUCACAUCGGAAAGUCCACACGGGAGAAAGGCCUCAUGAGUGUGGGGAAUGUGGAAAAUCUUUUAGCCAUAGCUCCAACCUCAAAAACCACUGGAGAGUUCACACUGGAGAAAGGCCUAUUGAAUGCAGUGAAUGUGGGAAAUCCUUUAGCUGCAAAUCUAACCUCGUUAAACACCUGAGAGUUCACACUGGAGAAAGGCCUUAUGAAUGUGGGGAAUGUGGCAAAUCCUUUAGCCAAAGCUCGAGCCUCAUUCAACACCGGAGAGUUCACACUGGAAAAAAGCCUUAUGAGUGCAUUGAAUGUGGCAAAUCUUUUAGUUGCAAAUCUGACCUCAUUCAGCACCAGAGACUUCACACUGGAGAAAGAACUUAGAUGUACAGGAGAUGUGCAAUUUCCUUUUAGUAUAAUUACACUGGAGGAGAGAACUUGUGAGGGAACCAUUCACCUGAAUUAAAGCCU